CUCUUUAGUUUUGCUUUCGCAGCACCUGUUGUGUUUAUUUUCGCGGACGUCCGCAGUCUGUCCAAUCGCCGCGUUAUUCCUCCUAUACUCUACUGCAUGGCCCACAGCUGAUCAGCUGUCAUCUAGCAGUGGCGGGGGUCCGUGCAGACUUCGACGCAGCCGACGGCUCAGCGCCCGGAGGCGCGGCUCGGGUGGAAACCUGACAGUGCUCGACGACGCAUCUUCCAGCGUGCUAGGCACUACAGCUGACCGCCAGCCGGCUAUCACGCUUUGCCAGCUGCCGCCCGAAGUUCUCUUCCACGUUUUCCGGCACUGCGAUGUGAAGUCCCUUGGUGUCGUCGGCAUGUGCUCCAAGUUUAUGCGGGACCAAGUGCUUGGUUACCUGAGUUGCCCAACCGCUCUCGAAGUGCUCAGCUUCGAACACAUGGAACAGGUGGACGCCAUCAGGCACUGCAGAUCGCUCGGGGUGCUGAUGAAGAGGGUCACCUUCUUGUUUCCGAUAAUGGCACGACUGCGCACCAUGCUGCCGUUCAUCGAGAAGUUUGUGGGCCGGCCGAAGCUCAAUCUGAACGAGCCAGAGCAAGACUUGGACGCCACGUGUCGGCGGUGGCACCAGUACGGCGCCUUUGUGAUGAACGCCAUACUCGGCUGGAGGGACAGCGAUUGCGAUGUGGUCUACAGCGUCCUCGUAGGGCUGCUACGCACGCGCCUAUUCACCGCCAGGGUGCUCGGGGCAAGGUGCGGAUACCUGCUGCACGAGGAGUUCGUGCUCCGGAACUUUCUUCAGUGCCUGUUCCUGUCCGAGGUCGUACUCGAUCAACGCUGCGCCUGGCUGUCGAGGCUGCUGCAACGAUGGCCGACGGUGCUCCGCGCCAGGCUACUGUUCAUCAUCUACGGGCCCUGCCAUCACGGCGAGAUCCUGUGGGCGCUGCCAGCGCAUCCACACACGACGGCGUGGUCUCCGCUGCUGCGCGUCGCGCUGGCCGAGAUGGGAGCGGCGCUGGCUAGCCUUUAUUGGAGCUUGGGCGACACCAUCGACAUCAUCGAAGAGCUGUUCGUGAUGUGCCGAGAGUGGCUGCCACUGAACCGUGCCAUGUUGCUGACCUACUGCGGAGUGGACAUAUGCGUGACAGUCAUCGCUUCCAAAAUCAGGGAACGGCAUGAAGAUGAAGUGGCCGGCCUCCUAUACAACCUGAUCUUG